AUGUUGACUCAAUCUGUGACGGAUUCUUCAUCUGCUUUGAGGAAGGAGAAUUGGAAACCGCCAUCAAUGCUGUCUCCGGUGGCGGAGAAGUCCUUGACACCAUCGGCAGGGGCAAAGAGUGGGGGGCUUUAUGGAAAAUUGGUAGGCGAGAGUAAGUCGGUGAAUUCCGGUGAGAAGAGGAGUGGUGGAACUAUGACCAGGAAGAGCCAUGCGAGUAUGGGGGAACUGAAAGUAUUCGGUAUUGCUGCUAAUAAUGCUACCUACGAAGGAAACAGGGGAGGGAGAAUUGGUAGAACUCUUUUUGGGCAAAGACAGUUUUGA